GCGAAAUUGAAAAAGUUUGCUAAUCUAAAGAAAAAAUUUUGAUAAAUUUUUUUUUCCCUUUAAUUUAAUUUGCGACACCACACCAGGAUACUACGAUCAGCAUGGCGCCGAACGUUGUUGGCAGCACAUUUAUAUUGGCUGAAACGGCGCUUACUGAUACCAAUAAUAACAACAAAGUCACCUCUUCGCCACCGACGCCACCCAACGAUCUCCUACCACCGACAGUCAAUUCAAAGAGAUUUGAUCUAUCAAGCGAUGAGGUUAGUACCAGAGAAAAGGAGCAUUUAAAAAAGCCCUAUAAAGUGGAAAUUGUAUGGAGAAACGUGAUUGCUUUCAUUAUUUUACACACCGGGGCGUUCUACGGUCUCUAUUUAGUAUUUGCCGAAUUAGCAAUUUUGGAAUUUCUUUUCGGUUACUUUUUGACAUUCUUAGGGGGCAUAGGUAUAACGGGCGGUGCUCAUCGUUUAUGGGCUCAUCGCUCCUACAAGGCUAAAUUGCCUUUGCGUAUAAUCUUAAUGGUCUUUGAUACUUUGGCAUUCCAAGACAGCAUUUAUGUUUGGGCUCGGGAUCAUCGCGUACAUCAUAAAUUCACUGACACCAAUGCGGAUCCGUAUAGUUCGCGACGUGGAUUUUUCUUCUCGCAUAUGGGUUGGUUAAUGUGCCGAAAACAUCCCGAUGUCGUAGAAAAGGGAAAACUGAUUGAUUUAAGCGAUUUGGAGGCCGAUCCAGUGAUAAGAUUCCAAAGAAAAUACUUUGUGAUGCUUAUGCCGCUUUUUUGUUUCGUAUUGCCGGCAAUUAUUCCAUAUUUGGCUUGGGGAGCUCCGUUGAUGCGGAGUUUCUUUAUAUGUAGUGUGUUGCGCUACACAAUAUCUUUACACGGAACUUGGACUGUAAAUAGUAUCGCCCAUAUUUAUGGCACGAAACCGUACGAUAAGAAUAUCAGUCCGGUUGAAAGUAAGCUGGUAUCGAUUGUAGCACUCGGCGAAGGCUGGCAUAAUUAUCAUCACAUAUUUCCGUGGGAUUACAAGGCGGCCGAACUAGGCCGUUAUCCUAAUGUAACUGUCACUAUAUUGAAUCUAUUAGCGAAAAUCGGUCAAGCGUAUGAUAUGAAAACCGUGUCGAGGGAAAUGAUACUUCGACGUACUAAACGUACUGGCGAUGGUAGUUAUCCGUUCGUUCUUAAGGAUUUAAAUAAUAAUGAGCCUGAAACGACUAAUGUACCCGCAGAUAUGUUAUCGCAAUUGGAUCAUGAAAAAGAAAAAGUUUUUAUUUGGGGUUGGGACGAUAAGGAUAUAAGCGAAGAUGAUCGCAAUUUAGUUCACAUUUUAGAUAAAAAGGAUAUUUAAUGAGAAGAAAAGAGUAAAUAUCAAUAAUUCAUUAAUUUAGUAUUACAUACAUACAUACACAUAUAAUAUAAUGCGAAAUCACAUACUAUUACAUAUAUAUAUAUAUAUAUAUAUAACAUAAAUAUCAUAGGUUUCAUGCGGCAAAUGCCAAUUAAAGAUUCACUUGGAAACGUUUACCUUAAUUUUAUGAAAUUUUUGUGCAUAAUUUUCACGCAAAUUCUUGGUUGAACAGUUUCACUUAUCAUUGUAGUUGUAAGCAAGAAAAUCGCUAAUAAAAAAAAAUCUCGUUUAUGAAGAGGAAAUGAUCGGUCAAUUUAUUUCUUGCUGAGAUCAACAAU